AUUCUUCCACCUGGGAAUUGUGGAGGAAGCGAAUGGGACAGCAAGGGAGAAGGGCGGACAAGGGUCAAAUGGAGGAGGCAAGAUUAGGACCGCGAGGGGGAAAGGAAGAGACAAAGGGAAGGGCAAGCGGGAGGGAAGGAGCAGAGUGCAUGGAGACGACGAGAGGAGUGAAGACAAGAGGCUGCUACAGCAGGUGCUCACGGAACUGCUGCCGCUCGUGCAGAGGAAGUUUCCCAUCGUGCGCUGCACUACCGAUGCGGAGUUCAUAGUGGAGUUUGCCGGGCAUGUGGUGCAGCCUCCUGCAUGCGCUCAGUGCAAGCAGUGCCUUGCUGUCUACAGCCGUCGCAUGCCCUUCCUCAUGGUCGUCACCAACUACGCCUACCGACCUGCCACCACCCUUUUCAACCGCUUUGUAUCCAUCUUCCCGCCACUCUCUCCCGAAUUUGAGCGGCUCACUGUUAGUUUGGGUCUGCCGACUUUCCUUGCCGGCAUGCCGGGCUUUCUAAGGCUGCGAGACGGAGAGGAAGAGGACGACAGGUUCUGGGAGGAGGUGCAGAUGUGGUGCCUGGCGAUGCUGUUUGCGUGGACGGGCGGCAUGAAGCUCGAGGCCGACGCCCUGACUGACACGUGCAAGGGCAGACAGGGGCUGUCCUCCGCGCAUGGACCGGAAAAACGAUUUUUUGCAACUGAGAAGGGGCAAGAUUUGUUCAGAAGGGCUACCAUACCCAGGUUCUGUGAAGACAUGCAGGAUGAGAAUGGGCCUUCUGAAGGUGCCCGUAGCAGCAACAAUCGCAGCGGCAGCUGCGGGAGCAACAGCUCAAGUGACAGACGAGGCAGAAAGAGCGGGAUCCAGGGGAGUGGGGGGGUUGAUGGGAUGGCCGAUGAGGGGGGGGAACCGGCUUACCUGAAGGCAUGGCCAGGAGGAGUCAAUUUGGUGGCAUGUCUGCGAGAGAUACUGCUAGGGGUGUCGUGCUACCGCCUUGCCCCCCCUGCUGCCCCUUCCACCCCUGCUGGUGGGAAGAAUGUGUGCGGUGCUGUGGGGUGUGGAAGGGUGGAGGAUGGCGGUGUGAAGCUGAGGAGCUGCAGUGGGUGUGGCAAGGUGGCGUAUUGCCGCAGAGAGUGCCAAAAGGCGCACUGGCCCUCCCACAAGCUCACAUGCCCCGGCAAGACAAGCGGCAGGGAUGGUGGCAGCAGCAGCGGAAAGGUGAGGGCAAGGGGAUUGGCAAGGCGAGUGGCAAGGGGAGUGGUACAGUGA